AUGUCAAACUGCGUCGCAGCUACCCAGAACAAGGACUUGGAGCUGCAUGGGCUUGGGCGAGACCCACCUCCAGGUUGCGGCGCUGGUCCUAUUGGAGAAGACCUUUAUCAUUGGAUUGCAACAAUUAUAGGCCCCACCGAAUCUCCAUAUGAUGGUGGUGUAUUUUUUCUUGACAUCCACUUUCCUAGAGAUUAUCCAUUCAAGCCACCAAAGGUUACUUUUAUGACAAGAGUUUGUCAUCCGAAUAUCAACAGUAAUGGAGUUAUAGGCCUAGAUAUUCUAAGAGACCAAUGGUAUCCUCAGCUUACCCUUGAUAAAUACGAUCCACUUGUACCCGAAAUUGCUCAUAUUUACUUGACCGACCGCGCCCGAUAUGAAGCGAAAGCAAAAGAAUGGACGCGUAAAUAUGCUAGUAAGUUGAUAAUUAAGUUGAGGCCAAAGGUUGGCAACGCAGAAGCUUGGUAG